CUACAGACGCUCCUCCGACUCACCUACUACAGUCCCCUGCGCCACUCGCGCGAUGGGCUCAGAGAUCGCGCAGCUGUUGGAGGCUGCAGAUUUCGCGGCUCGAAAGCACCGACACCAGAGACGGAAGGAUCCUGAAGGGACCCCCUACAUCAACCACCCCAUCGGUGUGGCUCGGAUCCUGACCCACGAGGCAGGAAUCACUGACAUUGUGGUGUUACAGGCGGCUCUGCUCCACGACACCGUGGAAGACACAGACACCACCCUGGAUGAGGUGGAGCUGCACUUUGGCACCCAGGUGCGGCGCUUGGUGGAGGAGGUGACAGAUGACAAGACUCUGCCCAAGCUGGAGAGGAAGCGGCAGCAGGUGGAGCAAGCACCACACAGCAGCCCAGGCGCCAAGCUGGUGAAGCUGGCAGACAAGCUCUACAACCUGAGAGACCUGAACCGCUGCACUCCGGCGGGAUGGUCAGAACAUCGUGUCCAGGAGUACUUCGAGUGGGCAGCUCAGGUGGUGAAGGGGCUUCAGGGGACCAACCAGCAGCUUGAAGAAGCUCUGAAGCAGCUGUUUAAGGAGCGAGGGCUGACACUCUGAGUGGUGCCUGGAGCCACCUGGAGGCUGGGCUCCAAGCUCACCCAGGCCACUCCAGUUCGGUGCCUCCUCAGCCCCGAUGUCAAAGCUGAAAGCCACGUGCAUUGCUCUGAAGGUCUCCCACGAACUAAACUGAGCCUCGGAUGUGCGGAUCAGAUGUACCCCAUCCAUUUUGACAGUCUGGUUGCUGUUUUGCAUGGUGGGCUCUCUAGCCGCUCAGGGACUUGCCGUGUUUAAACACUGGUUUAUAAGUCAUUAUGGAAAAUAAAGCAUUUUGGGUAAAAGGUA